AUGUCGCAAUACAUGAAAGCUGCCGUAUUCCAGAAACCAUAUGUGGUUGAAACCAUUACAAAGCCAAUCCCCCAAAUUUCACAACAAAAUGAAGUAUUAGUAAAGGUCAAAUACAGUGGACUCUGCGGGUCUGAUCUCCACUAUUACCGAGGCCACAUCCCUCUGACUGCUGGUCAGACCAUGGGACAUGAAUUUGUGGGAGCAAUUGUUGAGAAGUCUUCCGAUAUCCCCGAUUCUGUAUUGGCCGUCGGUGAUGAAGUUAUCUCGACUUUCACCAUCCAAUGUGGAGAGUGUUGGUAUUGUCAGCAUGGAUACUCUGGUACAUGUGAAAAAACCAACACCUUCGGCAAGGUUGGCUUGGAUGGUGCCCAGGCAGAGUAUGUGCUUGUUCCAUAUGCAACGACCACGCUAGUGAAGAAACCAAAGUCUACUCCAGAUGCAGAUGACUCAAUUUAUACACUAAUGGCUGACAUUUUCGUCACGGGAUAUUUUGGAGUGAAGAAGAUUGUUGACCACUUCCAGAGCUUACCAAUUAAUGAGAUUUCCGUGUUACAAAUGGGUGCUGGACCUGUGGGAUUGUGUGCGGUGAGGGUUUUGAGACAAUUUGGCUUUAAGAGUAUUGUAGUUGUCGACGGCAUCGACGCACGUUUGCAACAGGCACAAAAGUUGGGCGCAACAGCCACAGUGAACUUCAGGACUGAGCCAGACAAGUUGAAGCAGCUAAUUGCAACUCUCACAGAUAAUAGAGGGUUUGACGCAUCAUUGGAAAUUGUGGGAGCCACCACGGCCAUGAGAACGGCAUUUGAUUCCAUACGGAGAGGAGGAUUCAUCAGCUCUGUAGGAAUGGGUCAUGAGGAGUUGCCAUUCAAUGCGUUGGAGUGCUAUGCUAAGGGUUUGACGGUCAGUUUUGGUAGGUGCAACACAUGGGCACUUUUCCACGAGGCAUUGAAAAUGUUUGAGCAGGUGAAGGAGGACUUCAGUGAUUUCAUCGAGGUGAAACCACAUAUUGAUGAGGCUGGCGUGUACUAUACGAGGUUUGAAAAAGGAGAGGUUUUGAAAGUUGUAUUUAGAUUUCAAUGA